CAUCAACCUAUAUAUAAAAACCCUCUACCAUCACAUCCUUCAACCAUUCCAAAAAUUCCCUAUUGAAGCUUGUCUGCAACAAAGUAGAGAAUGGAAGCUAAGUUGGCAUAUGAGCGUGGGAAUGGAUUCUCGCACAAAAGGGUAUCGACAUCUAUGGUUGUCCUUGUGCAUUCUUUGGAUCUAUGGAAGUCCUACAUUGCUGCCUCCAAACUCAAAAAUAAGCUGUUGGUGAUUGAAUUCACUGCUACAUGGUGCGGACCAUGCCGAUACUUGGAACCAGCUAUGACUGAGUUUGCUGCUAAAUAUAGCACUGAUGUUGAUUUUAUCAAGAUUGACGUCGACGACUUGCCGGUCGUGGCGCAGCAAUUCGAAGCAAGUGUACUCCCGGCAGUUGUACUGGUUAAAGAUGCCAAAGAAGUUGAUCGCGUUGAGGGGGUCAAGAAAGAUGAACUGCAGAAGAAGAUUGAGAAACACAGGAAAUGAUAGCAGCAAUACAGCAAUACAGCAAUCCAGUACCUAAACCAAUGUUUAUUUAACCAAAAUAAGACUAGUUCUGCACUUUCUUCGUGCUGUGUUCUUCCAUAUUUGAUAAUAAAAUUUUACUGAAGUUUCUGCAAAA